UUUAUCUCUUUGCAUGAUAGAGAUUCUGAGUUUUGUACUUUUAUACCUUUAUUACCCGCAUGCUCAUUGUUUUGACUGAUCUUUCAUUUCUUGCUUUACAAGUAAUCGUUUUGACAGUGGUUCGGUUCAAGCUUUUUUCCUUGUCACUGAUAAUGACUGAAAGAAUAUAUAUGUUUUUUAUGGAGUAGAAACUAAAACAAGAUUAAUUCAGAGUUGCUGUGAAAAUUCAGAAGCAGAAAUUUCCCUGAAAAAAAUGGAUCUUCCUAAGGGAUUCUUGGGAUAUUUUUAUUAUUUUCUGUUCUUUCUUCCAGUUUUUGUGUUUCUAUUCAUUCUUGGAAUAAUCAAAGGUGCAAUUUUCACUCCAUUUGUGCUUCUAGUUAUUGCUUUCGGAGAUACAGGAGUUGUCAUAGGUUUAUUGCCAGUUCAUCUAGUUUGGAGUAUCAACUGCUUAAUCAAAACAAAGAAGUUUGGUCCGUACAUGAAGUGUCUCUUAAUCUUACUUGUUCCGGUACCAAUAGCAAUAUGGAUUACCAUUGGAGUUGCUGGAAGUGCAAUUAUGGGUGCUGGAUAUGGUUUCAUUUGGCCUGUAAUGGAGACAUUUAAGGCUAUUAGUAUGGAAGGGCCAAUGCACAUGAAGUUUCUCAGAUGCUUUACAGAUGGCACCUGGACUUGUGUUUGGGGAGCGUGCACCGUUGUUCGUGAUUUUGCGGAUUUUUCCUUCCAUUCGUACUUCUCUGUAAUGGAUGGGCUGCUUGAGUCGAAGGAGGACGAGGAACCCAUUGAACUCAAGGUUAUUCAGAUUCCUGGCUGCAUUCUAGCAGCAGUUUUUGGUAUUCUGCUAGAUGUGCCUGUUAUUACUGUAAUAGUUCUGUACAAAUCACCUAUACUACUGUUCAAGGGAUGGAACCGGCUGAUUCGAGAUCUUAUCGGGCGAGAAGGCCCAUUUUUGGAAACUGUUUGUGUUCCAUUUGCUGGAUUUUGGAUCCUGUUGUGGCCAAUUGUAGUUCUGCUAGCAACUUUGGCAGGCAUGGUUUCGAGCUUUGGUUUUGGCUGUUAUGCUGCAGUUGUUGCUUAUGAGGAAAAUUCCACGAAAAACGGAUUGCUAUAUGCGAUAGCUUCUGCAUCUAUUUUCGACGAGUACACCAAUGAUUUACUUUACCUGCAACAAGGUUCCUGCUUUCCCAGACCCAAAUAUCGCAAACAAGUUUCUCCAGAUUCUUCACUACUUCCAGUGAAGAGACUGCAAGAACAGCUUGAUGGUGCCUAUGCUGGUGAACCAUUCAUUAGGCCUCCUAUUGAUAAAGCUAACACACUGAAGACUGCAGUGAUAUGGGAUAGCUUCUUCAAGUCAUUUGAAGAAAUUGGGAAAGAGCUUCUUAAGAUGGAAGCCAUUGGAAUAUCAGAUUUGGAUGCCUGGAGAGUCUCAAAAUCAAACACUGUCAACAUUGGAAUUCCUGCAUACGCAUUUCUUGAGUGCUUCCUUCGUUCGAUUAAGAGUAAUUCCACCGGCUUUAUUCUUCGUGAUGAUGUUGUGAUAACAAGUGUGAAUAGACCAGAGGGACGAGUUUUCGAUUGGCUUUACGAGCCAAUAUGGAUCAUGAAAGAGCAAAUCAGGAGUCUUAAAUUGAACAAAGCAGAGGAGCUGUACUUUUAUAAACACUGCUUGUAUGGUGGUGAUGCAGCCAGAAUUGAAUCUUGGGAAAAUGAUGGCAUUCCACCCGAAGACAAGAUUAAAAGAGCUCAGUUGGAGGGUUUGAGCAGAAGAUUACAAGGCUUUUGUUUGAGAUUAUCGAGGCUGCCGACAUCGCGCCGUCGCUUCUUUGAAGUUGUAAAAGCUAUUGAGCAGGAGGCAAAGGAUUUAAACAAUCAUGGAGAUGGAGAUAAAGAUAUAGAGGCAGCUAAAUAGUUCAUUUCAGCAUUAAAAAGUAGAACCAAUAUGAGCAGAUUUUCUGGUUUUCCACUGUAGUUGUAAUAUAGCCAAUAUAACAAUUUUAAAUUGUUAUAUCCAUCUUGGUCCAGUUUCUAAAUUUUUUGUUCAAUUUAGUCUACAAUUCUGUUUCAAA